AUGCUAUCACAUAUUCAAAAAACGUGUCCAAAAGCGACUCAUAAGCUGAUCAAUACACAUGAAAAUGUUGGAGCACAGGAAUUAUACUAUCGACUACGAUAUUGGCCGGGACACUUUCCCAUGCGUCUGCUUAUCGGUGCCUGCAUUAGUGGGCCCCCUCCCCUCGCGUCCCCCUACCCCGUCCCCUGCCCCCAGGCCCCUCGAGUGGCGCCGCCGCUCUUAGCCGCAACAAGGCUCGCGUAUUUUUGUCAGUCGAUGUGUGGAAGGUCCGCCGUCGCCGGUAUAAAAGCAUUCCCGGUGAGUGUCGGGUUGGGGUCAAAAAAAUUUGGUGACAACGCUCCUCGGACGCAAUUAGUAGGACUUGUAAGAGCCGGCGCUCUCCAU